AUGGAGGAGCCGCGAGGCGUUAAGUGGCGCGACACUUAUGGCGUGGGGGACGGUAGCAGCGCUAGCGCUCCGCCCUCCAGCGCCCCCAGCGCUCUCCGCCGUGGCUCGGCGAUUGACGCCGAUGCAGAUUGGUUCACUCAUGACAUGCACGUCCCUUCAAGCGUGCGCCUGAACCACCUGUUUGAGGCUGGCGGCAGCAAUGCGUCUAGCUCUGGCUGGAGCGAGCUGGACUUGGAGGUUGAGCGGCUGGCGCAG